AUGGAAUUCUCUCAUCGAAUGUUGCCUGUUUUACGUCUUCCUCCGCAGCAGCGAAAGAGGCGACGCAGCACCGCAAGUGAAAAGGUGCUAGCUGAUCAACAAGAUAAAAUUAGCGAGUUGCCAGAUCAUAUUCUGAUCUCCAUCCUCGAACGGAUGGAUCUGAGGUCGGCGGUGGAGACGAGUUUGUUGUCGAGGCGGUGGAGGCACCUCUGGAACUCCCUUACGAACAUCGAGCUCCAUGCAAACACUAUGCUCUCCGAGAACCAAAUUUCCCACGUGCACAGAUGUAUGACACGCGACUAUGCGUCGCACGGUACAAAAUUUAUGGAGGGAAUGAAAGUGGCAGCAACAAGGCAAAAACAAAUGGGUCUCUUUAAGAAAUUUGCCAGAGGCCUCUUAAGGCCAAAAUCAAACAUCAGGAGGCUAAGUUUCCACUUCUACAUGCAGAGGCAGUACAGAAAAAUCAUCGAUUUUUGGUUAGAUAGGGCAAUCAAGAGAGGCGUUCAGGAACUGGAACUCUUUCCUUACGUAAGCAGGCGCGAGAAAGGCUACCGCUUCCCAUGGCGGUUAUUCUCAAAAGGCAGGGGAUCGUCGCUGACCAAAUUGGAGCUCGGUUAUUGCAGAUUGGGCGACGUCUGUUAUUUUAGACGCUUUGCUUCUGUAUCAGUGCUCUCUUUCAAAAUGAUGGCCGUAUCGCGAGAAGUCGUGGAAGAUAUUAUUGCGAAUUGUCGGAACCUAAAGAGCCUGCACCUUGUGAAAUGCCAUUACAUCUCGUACUUACGUAUAUGCUCUCAAGAUACGCGGCUCAAGGAUUUGGCGGUACACCGCUGUCCUUUUCUCGGAAAAAUAGAACUCAGCGCUCCCAAGUUGGAAAGGUUGCAGUAUUCUGGAAAUUACGUGCCGUUGUUGUUAUCGUCUGUUCCUUGCCUUGAGCACGUUUGGUUAGAUUACGACGACGAUGAUGACGGCACGGACUAUGUGUUAAAACGGCUCUCGAUUGAGUUCCCACAUGCUAGGGAUCUGGCUCUGCGUCUUUGUAGUCCCAAACAUCUGACAACACCAGUCCUACCCAAACUCUUUAGCGGCCUCAAGAAUCUGACAGUGAAUAUCCUGACGGGAGAUACGGAUGACCUUCUCUGGUUGGCUAUGCUAUUGGAGGCUGCACCAUUGUUGGAGACAUUCGAAACAGACGUUAAGCUCAGUGCGAAAUGCAGGAAUAAUGAAGCAACAAUAUCAUGGAAGCCUUCUGAUACGCAGCAUUCUCAUUUGAAGGAAGUCAAGCUGCACAGAUUCAAAGGGAGGCCCUACGAGAUAGCGUUUCUUAGUUUUUUGUUAGCGAAAGCCGUAGAGCUCAGGUUUAUGAUGAUUACUCGUGGUUCCAUAUCCCCACAGGUUGGUUGGUCUUGGAAACAUGCCGAGUCUUCCGAAUGUUGGACCGAAGCAGAGAAGUCAAUUCUUUUGAAGCAGCUUACUCAAGGGAUCUCUUCCAAGGUUCACUUUGUUUUCUUUUGA